AUGCGGCUCUCGAUCCAGCGGAAGGGUUUGUCUGCAGGGAGUGAUGUGCGGGGUCUCCAGUGGCUUCGGAGAACGUUGCAGAACUUUUUAAAUGAGAUGAGCAAGCACCUUGCAGUCCCAGCCGACUCGCAUAACUUCAAAGCUGGGGAAGGUUCUGAUGUCGGCUAUAUGACGGUGGAGUCAUUUGCGUUGUUGCAUAAAUCUUCAUCUUUGUUUCCACAUGAGUUCUCCUUUGGUGGAGUGCGGGCAGCUUUUCUAAGUUUUCUAACCCUGAAAUGGGGUGAGGGUGCCCUUGUUUGUCAAGCAGCUACAGGCCUAUCGCGUGCCCUGCAACAACAUCGAUGCCAUGAUGUGGGGGUUCAUCUCUUCAGUUUUUUUUUCUCCUGCAGAAGGUACGAUGAAAAGGGCUUUGGAUUAUUAUUUUUCUUGCAGUGGUAG